UAAAAGGGUUCUCUAGCUCCAAUCUUCUUGAGGACAGGUGUCUAGUUAUUAAACUACCCGAUACAUGGUAGCGCGGGAAACAUAACUCAACCCAAAUAUACACAAUAUAUAUAUAUAUAUAUAUAUAUCCAUCCACCAGGGCCAGGGGAGGUGAUUCUUCUUCAACCUUUUAUUUCUCUCCCAUAGGGUUUCUAUGUGAUCAACAAUGGCGUUAUCAUCUACUAUUAUUAAUUUAUUACUUUAUUUUUUAAGUUUCAAUUUUUAUUCCCCUUUUGUUGUUGCUGUUGAUGAAAACAAAACAAAACCUAGUUUCUGCCAUAACCAGUUCCAAUCGGUUCUAGUGAGGAAUUGGGUCGAUGGUGUAGAGCGUGAAUACAUCGAAGGAUUAAGUGGUGAAUUUGGUUCCGUUUUGCCCAUGGAGGAAAAGAAAGCUCGUCGAUUGCCUGCUGUUCUCUCAAACCCCUUGAAUGGAUGUACCCUACCCUCCUCAAAGUUAUCAAAUUCCAUUGCGUUGUCUGCACGGGGAGAUUGUGAAUUUAUGGAGAAGGCACAAGUUUCACAGUCAGGGGAUGCUGCUGGCUUACUGGUGAUAAAUGACGAGGAAGAUAUUUUCGAGAUGAUGUGUUCUGAGAAUGCUGUAAAUAUUAUGAUUCCUGUUGUGAUGAUCCCGGCCUCGGGAGGAAAACAGAUUAAAGAAUCAAUCGCCUCUAAAGGGAAAGUGGAGCUGUUAUUAUAUGCUCCAAUUAGUCCUGUUGUGGAUGUCUCAGUUGUGUUCUUAUGGAUGAUAGCUGUUGGUUGUGUUAUUUUGGCUUCCAUUUGGUCAGAAUAUAUUGCAUGUGAGCAGCAUUGUGAUCCUUAUCAGGAUUCUUCUAUUGCUGGGUCAGCUAAAGAUGAUUCUGAGAAAGAUGUGCUAGAUAUAAGUGUAAUGGGUGCUGUAUGUUUUAUCAUUGUAGCAUCAACCUUUCUGGUGGGAAUGACUGCUUGUGCAAUAGCAUUGAUUUCAAGAGUAUCCAGAAACUGCCGUAAUCACACCGUCAAACUACCGCUAUUUGGGGAUGCUACAGUUCUAUCUAUUGUGGUAUUUCCACUCUGUCUAGCAUUUGCCAUCUUUUGGGUUGUUCACCGGCAUGCAUCAUAUUCGUGGUUCUUUCAAGAUUUUCUUGGUAUUUGUUUGAUGGUAAAUGUCUUACAGCUAGCCCGAUUACCAAAUAUCAAGGUCGCUGCUGUACUUCUGUCCUGUGCAUUUGUCUACGAUAUAUUUUGGGUCUUCAUAUCGCCAUUGUUAUUUCAUGAAAGUGUUAUGGUUGCAGUUGCUCGUGGCAAAAAUAGCGGUGGAGAAUCCAUUCCUAUGGUUUUGAGGCUCCCUAAACUUAUUGAUCCAUGGGGUGGCUAUAAUAUGGUAGGCUUUGGUGAUGUUAUCUUCCCCGGGUUGCUCAUCUCAUUUGCUUUCAGGUAUGAUAGGGCAAAUAAUAAGGGUUUCAAAGAUGGAUAUUUUCUUUGGUUGACUAUUGGCUAUGGUUUUGGGCUCUUCCUUACAUAUGUUGGUCUGUAUCUAAUGAACGGGCAUGGUCAACCUGCAUUACUCUACCUCGUUCCAUGUACAUUAGGUACUCUUGUAGUGUUGGGAAAAGUGAGAGGUGAGCUGAGAAUGCUGUGGGACUAUGAUGAAAACGCAUCAUUGUCUAGACCUCCUGGAGGUGCUUGAAAGAGAUCUCGGAUAUUUUCUUACCACCACUGUCAGGUCGUCAAAGUUUCUUCUCAUGUGUGUAUACAUUGUAUAUACUAACAUACAUUCAUUGUUAACGGACUGUAAAAUGAUAGGCAUUCUGGUGGAAGAAUUUGCCCAUAAAAGUUUAAAGAAGAUGUAAGAUAUAAAUUAUACUGUUUGCGUGCUUAUUGAUAACUGUAAGUCUGUAACCUCCUUGACAAUUGCAGAAGUUCAAAACAGCACCAUUUGCUUUAAAUUGAA